CAUUUUGACUUGUCAUCUUCAAGGUGGCAAAUCUAAUCAGCGGGAGUGGAUGUAGUUUUAUCUCGUUUCUCGACGGUUUUCUGAAGAUUAUUUUCACCCGAUCACGUACUCUGACGUUCAUUCAACAGUUCACCUUCGUUCUGUAGAAGUCAGUUGAGUUUAGAUUUGUCGUAGAUUACUAGGCAACUAAAGAAAAUGGCAGAGAAAACCUACUCGUUAGCCGAAAUUGCAAAACAUAAUACAAACAAAAGUGUGUGGUUCGCCAUCCAUAACAACGUUUAUGAUGUAACUGAGUUUUUGAAUGAGCAUCCUGGUGGUGAGGAAGUGCUCAUCGAACAAGCCGGCAAAGAUGCUACAGAAGCGUUCGAGGAUGUAGGCCACAGUUCGGAUGCCCGGGAGCGAAUGAAGAAAUACAAAAUCGGUGAAAUUGUCGAGAGUGAACGCCGUGUGGUACCGGAAAAAGCGGAACCUGAUUGGAAAACUGAUACCAAACAAGAGGAUACCUCCAUUAAAUCGUGGAUACUGCCAUUGUUGCUAGGACUACUCGCGACCUUAUUGUACAAAUACUUCUUCUCCAAAUAGGUGUUAGCAACGCCACAUUAUAUAUAUCUUUCCCCCGAUGGACUAGAGUUAAUUCAUCUAAUUGGGCUAUUUGAUAAUUUCAAUUACUAUUAUAUACCUAAAGAAAGACCGAUCGCUGCACUAAACAUUUUGUAAAGUCGUUUUUGAUUGUGUACAUCUACCAAUUUUUGUGCUUUUGUGACCAGCCACGGACAUUCCAGUAGGAAAAAGUGACUCUGUCUUUUGCGAAAAUUUACCUCCUAUGGAAUUAUUUAGCUUUGGUGCAUUGUAUUCAUUUAUUGUGCAUUUUCUUUGUGAGAUCACGUUGAAUUUUAUAAAGUCUAAGAAACGUAGGGCGCUGCCAAUUCAGAUCAUUUCAAAGAUGGAUAUUAUUUUUGUAUAAGAACAAGAUUGUUAUGUACUUUACAUACAUAGAUUUUUCUGUUGUAGCACAAUACAUACAUACAAUUUUUCAUGGUGGGUAAGAGGAAUAAAGUUGUUUUUUGUAUUACUGUGAGUA